GGGGUUGGGUGGAGGUUAGCUAUGGGCAAGAAGUUGGAUCUGUCGGGGCUGACGGCGGACGAGGCGGAGCAUGUGCUGCAGGUGGUGCAGAGGGACAUGAAGCUACGGGAGAAGGAGGAGCAGCGCCUCAGUGAGCUGAAGCAGGAGCUGGAGGAGGAGGGCAGUCGCUGCCUCCUGCUGUCACGGCGGAGUUGCUUCAACCGGCGCUGCUGCAUCCGCUGCUGCUCGCCCUUCACCUUCCUGCUGAACCCCGGGAGGCGCUGCCGCGACUGCGGCUACAACGUGUGCAAGGCCUGCAGCGUCUACCACCAGCGGGACAAAGCCUGGCUCUGCUCCGCCUGCCAGAAGAGCAGGUUGUUGAAGACACAGUCUCUGGAGUGGUUCUACACUAACGUGAAGACGCGCUUCAAGAGGUUCGGCAGCGCCAAGGUGCUGAAGACGUUGUACCGGAAGCACCUGGCGGAGCGCCGCGCGCUUCCGGAGCUCACCGGCACAGAGAGCAGCGCCUACGAGGACAGUCUCUGCAACGAGGGCAGCUUCUGUGGGAGUGACUCGACCUUCUACAGACAAACUAAAGAGCACAGCGUGGCGGAGACCAUCACCGUGGCCCUGCGGGUGGCGGAGGAGGCCAUCGAUGAGGCCAUCUCAAAGGCCGAGUUUGAUUCUGCCAGUCAGGUGAAGCAGAAUGAGGCUCACUAUCUGCGGGAGCACAGAGAAGAGCUCAUCGAGGAGCUGUCAAAGACCAUUGUGCAAAAAAUUAUCAGCAGGAGGAAGACUUUGACCGAGAUGAGGGCGGAAUACGACCAGGAUUGGCCACUUGAAGACCACACUGACCUUCAUCAUCAUCAUCAUCAGUCGGACUGUAGUCAAGCAUCCGGCUCCCUUAAACAUGGUCCAGAUCUCUGGAGGUCCCACAGUGCCUUCUCUCUGUUGGACAACGACCCCUCGGGUCUGAUGAAGGACGCCUCACAGACGGCCGCCUGGAGGAGCGUCGAGCGGCUGGACAACACCGGUGCGUACGGCGGCGCGUCCUCGGUGCUGAAGAGCCCGGACGGAAACUGGAUCGCCCUGCAGAGCGCCCAGCUGUCACGGCCCAGCCUGCUGAGCAAGAGGAAGAGCCUGGUCUUCAGCGCCCUGGAGAGGGAGUCCGAGGUGGUGUCCGCCUACGAGGGCAUGGACUCCGACAGCGGGCCGGAAGCGCGGCGCGGCGCCCGGCCCGGGACGCCGCCCCCGCUGGAGGGCCGCGGGGGGGAGCGGUUCCUGGGCCCCGACGGGAGCUGGAGGCCUAGCAGAGCCCCGCUGGCUCGUUUUAAGAGGAAGGUGGCCCCGGAGGGCGGGCGCCCCUCACCCUCCUGCAGGACCAGCAUCAUCGACGUGAACUUCAACGUGGAAGGAGCCAAAGAGGAGAGGACGGGGGCCGGCAGGCCCGACGCGGGCAGAGUCCGGAGAUCCCGGAAGAAGCGGAGGAGCAAAAGAGGGUCGUCUUCUUCGACGCUGGAGUGCAGGGAGAAAGACGGUGAUUCCCAACAUUCGUCUGAUGCUGCCACACCGGCCACUGUGACCUCAGGAGCUACGACCCCUGAACCUGACCUCACGGGGCGUGAAGCCAAGCAGCAGCAGCAGCCGCAGGGGGAGGAGGUCACGUUAAAGCUGCACCAGCUAGCAGGCGGAACGUCCGACUCCUCAACGGGAGGCGGAGCAGCUGCCGAAGUGGGAGACGUCGAUGAAGACGGACAGGGGGGGGAAAGCGGCCAAGGACGCGAGGACAGCGGGGAAGGAGAUGAGAGGCCGUGGGGGAUGGAGAUCGACUUGAAUGAAGGAAGAGCGGCGGAAGAGGAAGUGGAUGAGGAAAUGAAACACCGGUUAUACAGGCUCAUCGAACAUUCCAGACUCGCCUACCUGUCGACGGAUGACGACUUGGACAGAGAUGACCCGAGUGAAGGAGAGUGGGAAGGAGACGAGGAGGCAGAUACGGAGGUGGAGAAGACGGGCGGACUUGCUUCUAAACUCUGCCGGCUGGAAGAAGAAGUGAGGGCAAACCUGUUCUCCUCCACAGAGGACGAGUUGGACAAGGUUGGCGUCACUGAUGAAGAGAAGACUGGUCAAGAAGAAGAGGAGGAGGAGGAGGAGGCGCUAGCGUCAAAAGUGUGCCGAUUAGCCAACCAAGCCAACGCCACGCAGUUUUCGUCCACGGAGGACGAGUUGGACCGAGCGGGUGGAGGUGAAGAGGAAGCGAUGGAGGAGAAGCUGUGGGAGCAGGCGGAGGAACACGUCGAGGUCGAUUUGGCCGGUCUCAUUGGUGCUUCUCAGCUGCUCUCCUCCACUGAGGAGGAGCCGGAUACAGUUGGCGAGAAGGAGGUGGACGAGGAAAUGAAUGAAGGAGGAAGUGAGACGGAGGAAGCAGGGGGAAAGGUUCGGGGUAGGAGAGAAUCAUUUGGAGACUUGGAUGAAAAUAUGUUUUAUUUAAGGGAGGAAAUAAAGACCGAGAGCUGCGAUGGAGUCGUCCUGCAGGAUGAAUCGGAGGCGGAAGAAAAGCGAGCUUGCCUGGAGGAGAGAUCCCCGAACGAGGAUGGAAGGAUGCCAGAGGUGCAGAAAUGUGAUGAAGUCUUGAAAAAAGAUGUGACUAAAGCGAAAGGACAAGCGACGCAGUUAGAAACGGUGGUCCAAGCCAAGAGAACCGAGGAGUCAAUGUCUUCAGACGAGACAAAAGUCCCUCAAGAAAGUGGGCCAGACGAGCAAGAAGGAGAGAGACGAGAAGAAAGAACGGGUAGAGGAGGCGAAGAGGGUCCGCAAACGGAAGGAGACAGCGAGGAGGAGGAUGCAGAGUUUGACCGAAUAAUCCGCAGUAUGUUGUCGAUGACGCUGGAGGACAUGCAGAUGGACGCGUUUAAGGAUGAAGGUGCAGAAAACGGGAGCACGAGUAGAGAACCAGAAGAAUCGCAGGCGAGCGAACUGGAACUCGUAGAGGUUGACAACGGCGAAAGCACAAACGCGUCAGAGGAGACAGGAAGUGGGGAGAAGUCUUCGUCGGAGUCGGCUGUGGGAGGAAGACCGGGGGGGAUUGUGGGAGAGCGGAUAGGAGCAGAGAUCCACGAGAAUAAGGACACGAAGGAAGUAGAUCGAGAUGCGCCAGAGAGAAUGCAGGUAGAAAUGCACCAGACUCUCGCGGCGAAACAGCUUGAAAGACUGGAAAUGGAUGACGAAGAACAGGAGGAGAGGAAAGUCAAUGAGUGGAAACUGGGCAAAGAAACCAAAGAAGAGGACCCGGACGACGUGGCUCCGCGGGGCGGUUUGCUGUCGCCUGAGGAGAUUCAAAAUAGAUACUCGGUGGUGUCUCUGCGCAGCAUCACCACGGAGGUCCUGAAGGUGCUGAACGCCACUGAAGAGCUGCUGCAGGAGGGGGGGGGAGGAGACGGCCCCCGACUCCACAGUAACCUGCUGCCCCCCCACACGGAUCCAAAGAAACUGGAUCGACAGUUCUGUCGACUGGAGGAAAGCGUGUACGUGGCAGCAGGGGAGGUGUACGGUCUGGAGGCGGAGCUCGGCGACCUGGAGGAAUGUGCUCGGGACAUCUGCAGCGCCACGUCGGACAUGGAGCUGUCCUACCUGGAGGAGCAGGUCGCGUCGGCGGCCGCUAAGGUUCAACAGUCUGAGCUGCAGAUCGGCGACAUCUCGGCCAGAAUCGCCGCUUUGAAGAGUGCGGGCCUCAAUGUGGACACACAACGCUCACGCUUCACCAAGUCCAAGAACAUUCCAGCUCUGCCCGUCACUGUGGAGUCAUCAAGGCAGUUGAGGAGGCGAUUACCUGCACCACCAGUGAACGAAGACACAAUAUAAAGAAUCAAACCAGGACCAUUGAAGACUUUUCACCAUGGAAGUGCCUUGACCAUGAAACUCUGCACCUACAGACCAGUAUUAAAAUGAUCCAUUGGUUUGCCUGUAUUAAAAUCACAAACUGCCUUAAAUAAUACUGGACCCUUGCACCAAACCUGAAUGAGUGAUUCUCAUGUUUUCUUGUGUGCAGUAGAUAAAACUACUUUGAAUCAGGUCAAAUUUCUCACUUAAAAAUCUGUAACAUUAAGUAAAAUAUUAAAGAUGAAGCUGGUGAAACUAUUAUAGUAUUUUAGCUUUUAUGACUUGCCUGUAGUUCAUUUAACUUGAACUGUUUUUACCUUUAGAUCUAAACGUGACGAAACCAUAUCAAACAUUUUUCUAAGUUUGUAAUGUCAAAAAAUGUACAGCAAUCCAACCAUUACAUUGUAUGUCUGCUCAUAUUUAGGUUGGAAAAUAAAAAUCCAAGAGGUCCCA